AAUGGUGAGUAGAAGGGCCACGCUAAAACAAAUCAAUUGAUAGGGACGACAUUAAGAAAAUUAUAAAGGUUGAAGGAUCUUUGAACUUGUUAAACCACCCAUUCUAUCUAUACAAGUCUCCCCUGGCUAGGCAAGCAAAUCAAAAUUCUCAAGGAAAGAUCCUAGUAACCUUCCAAUUGACUUCAACGACUUUUUAGUGUCAUCAUACAAAGAUAUUUCCCCGUGACUUCAGUCUUAUGGAAAGAUCGUAGCUCGCUCAUGGAAUGUGAAGAAAUAAAUUAUAAAUUCAAAUAUAUUAGACAAUUCUGGAUAAAUAACCCUCUUUUCCCAUCAAAAUAGAAAUGAAAAAAUAAUAAUUUCACCAUAAUCUCUUAAUUCAUGUUUUUAAGGUAAAUAUGAACUUAUAUCUCACUAAUAUAACCAAGUCAAUAGUCAUGUUCUAUACAACCACUCUCCCAUUACCAACACCAGUACACCACCCUCUUAACCUUACACCAUUCCACCACCAGCUGCACAACCCCUUCUGAUUCCUCCACCAAUGCACCCCCUCACCACCACCUCCUCUUUCCUUCUCACCCUCUUUUUCUCCCUCCACUUAACGACAUCGCUUCUUUCCAAUGACACUAGUAAUCUUUCAAACUGCAAUCAAAACUUCUCCUGUGGUGACCUCACAAACGUCACCUACCCGUUCACUGGUGGCCUACGUCCAUCCCACUGCGGUCCACCGGAGUUCGGCCUCACAUGUGACGAUGAAUCAGUCACCAUCCUAAAAGCUAACUCACUGAGUUACCGAGUCACUCAUCUUGACCAGACCAGCCAAACCUUAAGACUCUCACGUUCAGACCUCUACGACGACGGAAAAUGCACCCGCCAAUUCACUAACACCACUCUGGAUGACAGAAUCUUCAGUCUUGGUUCCAGCCAUGAACUUUAUUUGUUUUAUGGAUGCAAGAAGAUUAACGACUCUGGCAUGGGAUCAGAUCCGCUGCUAAAAAUCUCUAGGUUCUCUUGUGAAAAUGAUGGAGUUACAGAAGAAGGGUUUUUCUCGAUUGUUUACCCUAACGGUACUGAAUAUUCUUUUCCGAAUACGUUUGAGUGUCAAACUAAUAUUCGAGUGCCAAUUCCUGAGACUCGGGCACAACAGCUUCUUGAGAACGGGUCAUUAGUUGGUGAGGUUUUGAAAGAAGGGUUUGAUGUCAGUUAUGGUAAUCCUUACAGUGCUAAUUGUACAGAGUGUUACAAGAAGCACCCUGGUGGGUAUUGUGGAUUUGAUACACAGUUGGGUAAACCUAUUUGCAUUUGUCAUGAUCAGCUCUGUCCUGGAUCUUCUAGGAGUGGUAGGCGACUACAGAUUGCUGCAGGCACAUCAGCAGCUGCGGCAGCGAUAUUAACUUUAUUCGUAAUUACAAUAUAUCUCACUAGAAGGGAAGGUUCCUUUAGUGCUGUCAUAGCAAUGACCUUCAGGCUGAAGAACUCGCAGCAUGUUGGCAGGGUUGAAACAUUUAUGAUGGACUACCAUUCUCUUACUCCAAAGCGUUAUUCGUAUUCAGACAUCAAGAAAAUGACCAACUCAUUCGUCAAUACACUAGGUGAGGGAGGAUUUGGUAAUGUAUACAGAGGAAAGUUACCAGACGACGGUCGUCUUGUAGCUGUAAAAGUCCUAAAAGAGUCCAAAGGUGAUGGAGAAGAGUUCAUGAAUGAAGUUGCAAGCAUCAGUAGAACUUCCCACGUGAAUGUAGUUACCCUUUUGGGGUUCUGCUAUGAGAGGAAUAAAAGAGCUUUGAUUUAUGAAUUCAUGCCCAAUGGAUCUUUAGAUAGCUUCAUAUCUCAUAAAGGAUCCCCACAUACAAACUGUCGUUUAGAAUGGAAAAAAUUAUAUGAAAUUGCAGUUGGUAUUGCUAGAGGUCUGGAGUACUUGCAUAGAGGGUGUAACACUCGGAUUGUGCAUUUUGACAUAAAGCCUCACAACAUUCUUCUUGAUGAAGACUUUUGUCCAAAGAUCUCAGAUUUUGGUCUCGCGAAGCUAUGCCAGAGCAAAGUAAGUAAAAUUUCGAUGAUAGGUGCCAGAGGAACUGUUGGUUACAUAGCGCCUGAAGUAUUCUGCAGAUCUUUUGGAGGAGUAACUUACAAGUCUGAUGUGUAUAGUUAUGGGAUGAUGGUUCUUGAAAUGGUCGGACAAAGUAAAGAUUUUGAUAUGGGAUCGUUGGAAACCAACGAGUUGUAUUUCCCGGAUUGGUUUUAUAUGUAUCUUGAUCCAGGAGAGAUUUCAAUAUUUCAUGGAGGUACAACGGAGGAGGAAAAAGAGAUUGUUAAAAAGAUGAUUUUAGUGGGUUUGUGGUGCAUCCAAACCAUUCCAUCACAUAGACCAUCAAUGACAAAGGUUGUAGAGAUGUUUGAAGGCAGUCUUCAGUCUUUGCAAAUUCCACCGAGACCUUCCCUUUCCUCUCCUAGAAGGUCCGCUCAAGAAUAUCACUCUUCCACUGUAUCAUCACUGCCUUGCGUGUCGUCCCAGGGGGGUGGGGUAAAGACAUUGUUUGCAGAUGAAAGUGACUUGUAACUGGAAAUUGCAAAUUUUAUUUGGCCUGAUAAAAAUAAAAAAACAAACCUGUAUUUGUUCUUCAUCUAAGUGCUGCUCUUGGAUGAAUUAAUUUUUCUAUGAUAUAGCUCAUGUACAGCAGGAAACUCUCUCAGCGCUAAGAGACACUAUCCUCUCACCUUCAUUUU